CAAAACACUGAAAUAAUAAAUUUGACUAGAAUAGAACUCGUUAAUAUUUAAUCCUCAAAACAACUUUUUCUUUUUGAAAGAGAAGAUUACUUGAAUGAAAAGCCUUAAGACCCGGAAUCAAACUGGUGAAAUAUGGGUUUUAUUUAUUUCAACUAAGAUCAAGAGAACAAAGAAAAGAAGGAAGACACCCAAAAUCCUUGAAUUCAAAGUUGCAUUCAGAAUCAGAGCUGCCACUGUAAAGAUCGUUGACCCAUACAAAUUGCUGAAAGAUCAUCAUUGAGGUGUCUCUUAUUUCAUCUGAUAUCAUUCCCUUGCAAUUUCUGGAUGUGUUGACUAUUGACUUCACUGGUGUUUGCAAAGCCAUAAUUGUUCCAAGAAGUUUUGAGAACCCUGCCACUGUAAAGAUCAUUGACCCAUACAAAUUGCUGAAAGAUCAUCAUUGAGGUGUCUCUUAUUUCAUCAGAUAUCAUUUCCUUGCAAUUUCUGGAUGUGUUGACUAUUGACUUCACUGGUGUUUGCAAAGCCAUAAUGGUUCCAAGAAGUUUUGAGAACCUUAUGACUCAUGAAAUGUUUGCCUAAACCUUGUUUCCUCUCAAUACAAUAACAUAAGUUUGUUUGUUUUAUGUAUCAGGUGGGAUUCACUUAUAAGCAUUUUGACAAAUUAAACAUAUAUUCUUAUGUUAUUGUUUUCAGGCUGCACGGUAGUUGCCUAUAAUUAUUUCAGCUUUUUACCCUCUGCUCUUUUUUUGUCCUUAUUACUUUUUGGAAACAGAUCAUAUGGGGAGCUCUUCCUUAGAAACACUUCUUAGAAAAAUUUCCUCGUUUUCAAAUUUGUCAUCUUUUGAGAACAUUAACUCAGAGCCAGUUCGAAAGUACUACCGGAGAGCAGAAGAGAUGCUAAACUUGUUGAAGCCCAUGAUUCUUAAUGCAAAAUUUACUUCUGAUGAAGAGUUUAGCAAGGCAUUUGAAGAAUUUGGUCUCUUUAUAGAAGAAUUGCAAGAGCAAUUUGAAAGCUGGCAACCCAUUUUGAGUAGAGUUUACUUAGUUCUCCAAGUUGAGGCAUUAAUAUCAAAGAUUCAGAAUUCUAGCUUGGACAUAUUCAAGUUUUUGAAGUCUUCCAAUCAACAUCUCCCUUAUGAAUUGAGUUUAGCGUCACUUGAGGAAAUUGAGCAUGGAGGAGAUGAACAAGCAUCAGCUCUCAUUAAGGAAGCCAUGAGAUAUCAAGCAGACAGUGUUGGACCAAGCUUAGAAGUAUUAGUAAGAAUUGCUGAGAGCUUAAGCUUGAAUUCAAACCAGGAGAUUCUGCUAGAGGUGGUUGCCCUUGAAAAAUUGAAGGAGAAUGCUGAAAAAGCUGAUAAAACUGCAGAAGUUGAGUGUAUUGAUCAACUUAUUGCUCUGGUAAUUCACAUGCAUGAUCACUUGGUGUUAACAAAAAAAUCUCAGACCAGCAGCACAGUCCUCAUACCUUCUGAUUUCAUCUGCCCCCUUUCCCUAGAGCCAAUGACUGAUCCGGUGAUAGUAGCAUCAGGACAAACCUAUGAGCGCACUUUCAUCAAGAAAUGGUUUGAUGUUGGGCUCACUGUGUGCCCGAAGACACGAAAGAAGUUGUCUCAUACAUAUCUUGUACCUAAUUACACAAUAAAGGCGCUAAUUGUAAACUGGUGUGAGGUAAACAAUGUGAAGCUGCCUGAUCUGAUGAAGUCGAGUUUGAAUCAGCCCUGUCCGCUUCUUGUGCAUGCAGCAUCUGGCUUGCCAAAGGAUUCAAAUAGUUUUCUAAAUUCUAGAAGCAACCAUCAAAUGUCGCCCAAGUCACAGUCUACUAGUCAAUCUGAUCACACGAGGAAGUCUUUGUUAGAAACACUUCUUAGAAACAUUUCUUCAUUUUUCAAUUUGUCAUCUCUUGAGAACGUUAACUCAGAACCAGUUCAUAAGUACUACCUGAAAACAGAAGAGAUACUAAAGUUGUUGCAGCCCAUAAUUCUUGAAGAAAUCUUCGAUUCUAAAAUUACUUCUGAUGAAGUGCUUACCAAGGCAUCUGAAGAAUUGAGUCUCUCUGUAGAAGAACUGCGAGGGCAAUUUGAAAGCUGGCAACCCCUUUUCAGUAAAGUUUAUUUUGUUCUGCAAGUUGAGUCAUUAAUAUCAAAGAUUCGGAAUUUUAGCUUGGACAUAUUCCCUUUCAAGUCUUCCAAUCAACAUAUUCCUUAUGAAUUGAGUUCAGCUUCCCUUGAGCACUGCUUGCAGAAAAUUAAGCAUGUGGGAGAUGAACAAAUUUCAUCCGUCAUUGAGGAGGCCAUAAGGGAUCGACUGGAUAAUUCUGGACCAAGGGCAGAAAUAUUAGUGAUAAUUGCUGAGAGAUUGAACUUGAAUUCAAAUCAGAAGAUUCUGAUAGAGGCUGUGGCACUUGAAAAGUUGAAGGAGAAUGCUGAACAAGAUGAUAAAACUGCAGAAGUUGAGUAUAUUGAUAAGCUUAUUGCUCUUGUAACUCGCAUGCAUCAUCGCAUUAUCUUAAUAAAACAGUCUCAGAUCAGCAGCCCUGUUCUCAUACCUUCUGAUUUCAUCUGCCCCCUUUCUCUAGAGCUAAUGAUUGAUCCAGUGAUUGUGGCAUCAGGAAAAACCUAUGAGCGUGCUUUCAUCAAACAAUGGAUUGAUCUUGGGCUCACUAUGUGCCCCAAGACACGACAGAAGUUGACUCAUACCUCUUUUAUACCUAAUUACACUGUGAAGGCACUAAUUGCAAACUGGUGUGAGUCAACCAAUGUGAUGUUACCUGAUCCAAUGAAGUUUAUGAGUUUAAAUGCGCCCUAUCCAUGUUGGGUUAAAAAGUUGGUUGAGGACUUGAAGAAUACAUCAAUUGAUAUUCAAAGGGAGGCCACAGCUAAACUCAGGUUUCUUUCCAAGCAGAAUAGGGAUAAUCGGAUUAUAAUAACGAACUUCGGGGCAAUUAGCUUUUUAGUUGAUUUGCUUCAUUCACCAGAUACAAAGACUCAGGAAAAUGCUGUUACAUCACUUCUUAACUUAUCAAAUAUUGAUAGCAACAAAACAGAUAUUGCUAAUGCAAAUGCAAUUGAUCCUCUGAUUCAUGUUCUUGAGACAGGAAGUCCUGUUGCUAAAGAAAACACAGCUGCCACUCUCUUCAGCCUUUCGGUCAUCGAGGAUAACAGAGUCAAGAUUGGAAGGUCUGGGGCAAUCAGGCCUUUGGUUGAUUUGCUGUUGAAUGGUACUCCUAGGGGGAAAAAAGAUGCAGCGACAGCCUUGUUUAAUCUGUCAAGAUUUCAUGAAAAUAAGGCCCGAAUUGUGCAGGCUGGUGCUGUAAGAUACCUUGUGGAUUUGUUUUGGCAGUCAACAGCUGGAAUGGUUGAUAAGGCAGUAUUUGUUUUGGCAAAGCUUGCUACAAUUCCUGAAGGGAGGACUGCAAUUGAACAACAUGGUGGGAUUCCCAUUCUGGUUGAGGUUGUUGAAGUUGGAUCUGCCAGAGGAAAGGAAAAUGCUGCAGCUGCUCUUUUACAUCUCUGCAUAUGCAGUCCUAGAUUUUGCAAUUUGGUUCUGCAAGAAGGAGCUAUUCCAUCAUUAGUGGAAUUGUCCAAAUCCGGUACCCCGAGAGCUAAAGAGAAGGCACAAGCACUUAUUAGCCGCCUUCAAAACACUAAACAUGGAUAUGCUGUAAGAGGCUGAAAGUCUGGAAAACAACCUUCACUACCAUUCAAAGUUUUGGGUCUAUACAGUUUGUUAUAUGUACAUUUGAUGUAAAUAAUGCAGGUCAAGUUUUGCUGCUUGAAAUUACAGAUUUACAAGGAUAACUUGUGGAAGAUUUAAUUGAGAGUCCACUUGUGAAUAUUUCUCUCUUUUUCCCCCUC